CUCCACCUUCCGAGUCUUAUUAUCUUAUGCAGUUUAGGACAUGUCCCGUGUCGCCGCCAUCAAGAAGACUCUGUCUUCGCUAGAAAACAGUGUUAAACAGUUCGUAUCGUCGUCAGCAGACUUUCGCAUCGUACAGACUGUCGGACAGUCUCGAGGAGAAUUCAGAACGCUUUUCAUUUUGGACUCAUCUUUCAAUCCUCCAUCGAUAGCACAUCUAUCACUCGCAACGAAUGCAAUUUUUCAACAGAGCUUGACAUUCGCAAGGCCCUACCGGCUCUUACUUCUUUUCAGUACUCACAAUGCGGACAAGGGCUCGUUCGACCAUUCCGUCUUUGCCCAGAGACUAGCCUACAUGUCAUUGUUUGCUAAGGAUAUUUCCGAUCAUUUCACUAAAAGACUAUCAUCUUGUCCGCCUGGAGCAUCUCUCCCUGAAUCGUCCAUACCAAUUGAUAUUGGCCUCACGAAGUUUCCAUACUACCACGAUAAGUCGGCUGCAAUCUCUAAGGCUGAGCCUCAAGCAUACCCAAGCAAGCCAGUUCACGUGCAUCUUAUCGGUUAUGACACCAUCAUCCGUGUAUGUGCACCGCGAUACUACCAGGAUCACAGUCCUCCAUUGUCUGCGCUGGCGCCGUUUUUCGAGGCCGGCCACAGGUUUUUAGUCACCAUGAGACCAAGCAUUGCCUCAGAUAAGUCAUCAGCAAACUUUGGAACUUUGGAUGAGCAGCGCGGCUAUCUUAGACAACUCAGAGACGGUGAUCUAGAAGAUCAAGGCCUUAAGAAGGAAUGGGCGAACCAGAUUGAUAUGAUCGAGAGUCCAAACGGAGAAGCAGAAGGCGUGAGCUCCACGAGGAUACGGGAAGCGAUUGCUGAACAAAAUUGGCAAGAAGUACAGACUCUCUGUACACCGAGCGUAGCAGCCUGGUUCGUCGAGACAACCGACAAUGGCGGCCAUUCUUCUUGAACAUCAUUUUAUUGUCUAAAGACUACUACGGCGUAAGCUGGUCCUUGCAACAUUGUCGCGAUGCGAAAUGUACUUUGCCGUCAUCCACGCAUGACGACAGAUUCGCCAGCUCCUGCGCCACGCCAUAUUGACAAGAGCACCGACAGUGCCUCUGCUACUCAAAGCAAGCGAAGACGCCUUAAGGCUUUCCCGUUUCCGUCUUUCGAUUCGCCCUGGUCUUCUGAGUCUUCGACUCACAGCGAGGUCAUCGAUCCAUUAACACCUUUACAAGAUCCAAAAGUGUUGUCACCGCACAGUCAGCGGCGACGCGAUCGAUAUGGGCGGUCAGCUCGAAAGGAGUUUUGGA